AUGAGAAGAUUCAUCGGGAAGCUUUACCCUCUUCAACGCCAGUGUUUUACAGAAUGGUCGCUACAUGGAUCAUCUCUGUACUUAUUACCGCGGGCAUUAUUCUGUCAGACGAGUGCCGGACUGGUCGACCUUGAUCCAUCAAUCGUAGCAGACGUCAAUGAUAUAUGCAGGGUAUUGAGUGAUUUUCGCGGUCCCCACCAUGAUAUAGAGUCUGCUCUCCGUGCUUUCUCCGGAAAGAUUUCAGCUGAUGUGGUGGAGCAGGUUCUGAAGAGGUGUAGAAACCUUGGCGUUUCUGCGCACAGGUUUUUCCUCUGGGCGGGUAGACUUCAAGGCUUCAGUCACACAAGAACAAGCUACCAUAUCCUGGUAGAUGUCUUGGGGAGUUGCAAGGAGUUCCCUUUGAUCUGGGACUUGCUCUGGGAGAUGAGAGAUGGGAGCCAGGAAAUCAGACCGGAGAUUUUUCGGAUGAUCUUCAGGUCCUACUGCAGGGCAGGUUUACCCGAAGAUGCUAUGUAUGCAUUCAAGAAAAUGAAAGAAUUUGGUAUCAAGCCAGAUACUGACGACUUCCACCAGCUGCUAACCAAUCUCUGUCAGAACAGUUUCAUGAAGGAAGCACAGGAAGCCUUUGAUAAUUGGAAAUCAGACUUCGAGAUCAACCCAAAAACGUACAGCAUUUUGAUGAAAGGGUGGGGUGAUUUGGGAAAUUCCGAUGAAGCUCGGAAUCUUUUUGAUGAAAUGCUGAAAAAAUCAACUCCAGAUGUUAUAGCUUAUAAUACUUUGAUGGGAUGUCUUUGUCGGUCAGGGAGGGCCAAUGAAGCUUAUGAGUUAUUUAAGGAGAUGAAGCAUCGCGGCUUCCAGCCUGAUGCUGCGAGCUAUUCAGUGUUUAUUCGUUCCGCUUGUGAUUCCAAUGACAUUCAUUCAGCUUUUAAAGUCCUGGAGAGGAUGAGAAGGUAUGAUUUGCUGCCAAAUGUUUUCACUUACAACUGCAUUCUUAAGUUGCUGUGUAAAAGUGAUAAAGCAGCAGAGGCUUACCACCUUUUGGAUGAGAUGAUGGAGAGGGGGAGUAGACCCGAUGUCUGGAGCUACAACACGAUUCUAGCUGUUCAUUGCAGGCUCCACGAGGUCAAUAGGGCCCUUGGGCUCCUCUCUAGGAUGGAUAAGGACUCAUGCCUUCCGGAUAAGCAUACAUACAAUAUGUUGCUGAAGAUGCUGAUUCAUGUGGGAAGGAUCGACCGAGCGAUGGAAGUUUGGGAUGGAAUGGAAGGCCGGGGGUUUUACCCAUCUGUUGCAACGUAUGCAGUCAUGAUUCAUGGGCUCUGCAGAAAGAGGGACGGUAUUGAAGACGCCUGUAGGUACUUUGAGAUGAUGGUUGAUGAAGGGCUUCCACCCUAUCUCAGCACGUGUGAACUUUUAAGGAACUCUCUCCUUUACUUAGGUUUGCGAGACAGAGUCCAUAUACUGGCAACUAAGAUGAGACAAAGCACAUCAUGUGCUAUUCAAGAUCUCUCGGAUGUCAUCACAAACAAGAAGAGUAUACAUUUGGACAAGAAGAAUGAUCUCUCCGGAGAAGUUGGGCUGCCUUUUCGAGCGAGUGAUUAG